AAUGGGUGAGUCCUUACGCCUAUCUGGGGUAUUUUUCCUCUCGAACUACUCUAGUAUAAAUAAGUGGUUGGUUUCCCGUAACUGUUCUGAUCAGUAUUCCUAGUUUACUUCUUCAUGCUCGCUUCGAUCGGAAGCUCAAGCAAAAAGCCUAUCGCAGGCUGAACAUCUACUUUGUCCAAAGCUGGCCCUCCUGAUCUAAUGCUCGUCCUUUUCGCCAAUUUUACACCAGCAGCAUCGGAACUCUCACAGCAAACACCACCAAACACAUCUACCGCAGCCAUGGCACAAUCAGGUAAUCUCCUAGUCGUCAACCUGUAUAGACAGACCUUAGACAACUGUUUGUUCAUGUCGGUUGAAGAUACUACGUUGGACAUCAUCACCUCCAAGGAGCCCGAGGGUGGCAAGUUUCGGGCCAUGGUGAUCAAGAGCGAUGGAUACGGCAGCAGGAAAACACGUUCAGUCCUCUUCUCCGAUGUGGGAACCACCGUGGUCGAAGCCCUGGAGCUCCUCCACGCCAAAACGGCCGAGGCCCUCAACCACCACAUCCUGACCAACGGUUUCGCGCCUGUGCGUGAGAGCCGCAGCAAGCCUCGUGACUGGGAGGAUGACGGAAGCGAGAUGUCGGCCUCAUCAUCCGGUUCAGACUCGGACGACUCGGACGCCACGUCAGUCUCAAACCUGUCCGAUGAUGGAGGACCACCUGCCCAGAAGACCCGGAAAAGUUCAAAGAAACACCGCUCAUCUUCGCGGACUAGGGUCCGCAGCCCCAUCAGACCGCCGGGGCCUACGGGACGCAUGGGUGUGCCUCCGAUGCCAGGCAUGCGGCCGCCCCCUGUGAUACGUCCUGGCCCCCCGGUCAUGCCUGGCACCAGCGUCCCCCCGCCCGGCCUGCGGGGCAAUCCGCCUCCCGGGUACCCUUGGCGCCCGCGCCCACCUCAGGGUUUCCGUGUCCCUCAGCUCGUCGAGGUGCCUGUGCCGUCCGGCCCGCCGGGCGCGCCGGGCAUGCGGUCCGCCCGCGACGUCAAGAUCGGCAUCACCUGGGCCGGCCGCCGGCAGCAGAUGAUGGUACGCCAGGUGCCUACCAGGCGCAACAUCACCACGGCGGCCCUGCGCUACUUCAACCUCAACCGGGACGCUUUUGGCGCCCCCAAGGAGGUGCCCGCCUCGAGCUGCAACGUGUGUGUGCUCAAGGAGCUCGUGCUGCCAAAGGCCCCGCUGUUGGGCGAGGAGCGGUACGACAUGACGGCGUACCACAUGGAUGACCUGUCGGAGAUAUGCGACUCGGUAGUUGGCGCCUCCAAGAAGAUCCCGCUCUUUGAGGUCACGAUCCAAGGUCUGCCGGGCAGCCAGGAGUGCAGCGAUGGUGACUGGUAGGGGAUGAUUGAAAGUUUUGAGGUAGGUUGUAUGCUGGUGCUUGUUCGAUUAUAUCCGGAGUUAUAAUGAGACGCGAUCAAAUUGUCUUUUCUUCCCUCUUUUUUCUACUAUUUCCCUUCAUAGCCGAUGGGUAGUUUCUGCUGCUUCGAUGUCUAAGAGUAUACGCUGGCCCUAUUUUCAGUAUGGCAUACCCGAUUUCCCAACGUUUGAGUACCUUGAAAAUGACACUUCUCUCUGUGUUAAUCUUCUAUCGUUUCUAGCGAUUUUAAUC